GCUACGAGCCGACCCGGAAGCUUUCCGGUGUUUACACAUGUGAGGUCCUCGUGUGUGCCUGCAAACAAAACAUGUCUUCUAAGAAGAGCAAAAACAAAUCUAAACGCUUGAAUGAGGGAGAAGACUCUGAUAAUCUGCAAGCAGGCAGCAGAAACUCCUUUAAUGUCAUCGAUUUCAUCGACCAAGCCGAGGACAAAACCCCCAGGAGCUGCAGGUCCUCCCUCGCCCAGCUGAGUCUGGCAUCCCUGAAGUCGGCGGGCGUGAGCAUCGGCCGGCCGGUCCUCCUGACCAGUCCAGCGAGCGGGCGGCAGGAGGUGUGCCUGGGAUGGCCGGCCUCCACCUUCCCAGGCGGCAAAGUGGGCCUGCACAGGUGUGUCCAGAACAACCUGAAGGUGAGAUCCGGCGACCAAGUGACGCUUCAUCCCCUGACUGGUCCCGUGCUUCAAGCGGAGGAAGUCAUUCUCUCCCCCAGGACCAAGGAUGACAAACUGGACACAGACCAGUUCAGGAGCUUCCUGCUCAAUUCCCUCGUUGGCAACGUGGUUCUCCCAGGAAACGUCUUGUCCUUGACGUACUUUGGACGUCCGUGCAGCCUUUUUGUUGAAACGGUGCGAGGCGAGGACGGCAGCGUCCUCCAGAGACCGGCCCCGGACGCGGAGGAGUCCUCCAUCAUGCUGGACUCCACUCCUGCCGACCUUUCCCUGCAGCUCAGCCUGCUCGCCAUGGAUGACGGCGGGGGGCCGGGCUCGCCCGCCGCCAGCACCCCGCACAAACCCACCUGCUCGCCUCCCCCGUCCUCGCCCACGUCGCCCGUUUGCGACGCCCCCGAGGACAGCAGCACCAGUCUGGAAGGUUCCUUCAGCACUGAGCAGGCGGAACAAGCCCCCACAGCUCCCUCUGCUGGCUGGUCAAGCACCAGCACCUUUUACCGCCUGUGCAGCACCACCCGAGUCACUUUUAGGACGACUCGGCGGAAAAACGCGGCGAAUAAAGGAGGUCAAGGGUCCAAAGUGAGCUACAGCAUGAUUGGCGGUCUGAGCAGCCAGCUGGACGUCAUCAGAGAGACCAUAGAACUUCCUCUCAAGCACCCUCAACUCUUCUCCAGCUAUGGCAUCCCCCCUCCCAGAGGAGUUCUUCUGUACGGCCCCCCCGGCACAGGCAAGACAAUGAUCGGGCGAGCCAUCGCCAACGAGGUGGGCGCUCACAUGACCGUGGUCAACGGGCCGGAAAUCAUGAGCAAGUUCUACGGAGAAACGGAAGAAACGCUGAGGCAAAUAUUCACUGAAGCAUCGCUCAGGACGCCGUCCAUCAUCUUCAUAGACGAGCUGGACGCCUUGUGUCCCAAGCGAGAUGGCGCCCACAACGAAGUGGAGAAACGAGUGGUGGCUUCUCUGCUGACGCUGAUGGACGGCAUCGGUUCUGAGGGCCACGCGGGACAGCUGCUGGUCCUGGGGGCCACAAACAGGCCCCACGCCCUCGACCCCGCCCUGAGGCGCCCGGGACGUUUCGACAAGGAGUUGGAGGUGGGCGUGCCCAACCCCGCCGAGCGCGCCGACAUCCUGCGGAAGCGGCUGGCGUCCAUCCCGUGCACCGCCACCGCGCAGGAGCUGACGCAGCUGGCCGACGCCGCUCACGGCUACGUGGGGGCGGACCUGGCGGCCGUCUGCCAGGAAGCGGGUCUGCAGGCGCUGAGGCGGGCAGUGGGCGGGGCAGUGGGCGGGGCGACAGACCAGAAGCUGCUGGGGGAGGUGAGGGUCAGCCUGGAGGACCUCCAGUGGGCCAUGGGGCAGGUCAAGCCCAGCGCCAUGCGGGAGGUCGCCAUCGACGUGCCCAAGGUGCGCUGGGGCGACGUGGGCGGCAUGGAGGACGUGAAGCUGAAGCUGAGGCAGGCGGUGGAGUGGCCCCUGAGGCACCCGGAGGCCUUCGCCCGCAUGGGCAUCCAGCCGCCCAAGGGGGUCCUGCUGUACGGGCCCCCCGGCUGCUCCAAGACCAUGGUCGCCAAGGCCCUGGCCAACGAGAGCGGACUCAACUUCCUGGCUAUCAAAGGUCCGGAGUUACUCAGCAAGUACGUCGGCGAGUCGGAAAGAGCGGUCCGAGAGGUGUUCCGGAAGGCCAGAGCCGUGGCUCCGUCCGUGGUCUUCUUCGAUGAGAUUGACGCCCUGGCCAGCGAGAGAGGAAGAUCCUCGGUGUCGGGCGGCGUGGGCGACAGGGUGUUGGCACAGCUGCUGACGGAGAUGGACGGCAUUGAGCAGCUCCGCAACGUCACCGUGUUCGCCGCCACCAACCGGCCGGACAUGAUAGAUAAGGCUCUGAUGCGUCCGGGCCGCCUGGACCGUAUCGUCUACGUGCCUCUGCCGGACCCUCCCACCCGCAGAGAGAUAUUUGCCCUGCAGUUCCGGAACAUGCCCGUGGCUGAAGACGUGUCCCUGGACAGCCUGGUGUCCGGCACCCACAAGUACUCGGGAGCCGAGAUAACGGCCGUGUGCAGAGAGGCGGCCCUGCUGGCGCUGCAGGAGGACAUCCAAGCUCAGCGCGUCAACGCCCAACAUUUCCAGGGCGCCCUGGGCGUGGUCAGGCCGCGCGUGCCCGACUCUCUGCUACAGUCCUACGCCGCCUACCAGCAGAGGCACGCCGCCAUGGCCCCGCCCUCCUUCCCUGCGUCGCCUUGAAAGCAAACGAUGCAAUAAAAAACAGGUUAAAUCAGGCUCCGGCUCGCAAGAUCAGCUUGUGAAUGAUGAAAAUAGAGAAAAUGAAAGAAACCUCUGUCUAAAUGUGUCCACUGGAUGGCGCCAUAGUAUUUCAAGUGUAACCCACGUCGCACAGGAAAUGGUGAAAGAUGGCGUGUCAGCUGACUAUAAGCACCCUGUGGUCCAAUCAGCAAUCGGCUGGCAGCAGAUGGCGACAGACUGAUGCACAAUACCUUCUUUCAUUGUAAACGAGCCAGUCAACGGGUAAACACAACAAAACGGUAAGAUGCAAAGACUUAAAAGGUUUUAGUGGCCACAUGUGUGGACAGAACCUUUUAGCUCUUAUUUCCAAAAUGGUAUACACUACUGAAUUGGGGUCUAAUGGCCACUUAUGUGGACACUUAUACUGCCAUCUGGUGGUGUCAGAAGAGUAUAACAUACAAUGGAAUUUGGAAAAAAAUAAGAAUAAGCAUGUCACUAGACAUGUAGUACAUGUUUGUGUACUUACGGACUAAGUACGUCAUAUAAUAAGAUGAUUUUUUGUUUUUUUUAUUCUAAUUAGGGUCCAAUAGGCCCAAAUAGCAAAGAGAAAUCAAAAAAGCAUGUAAACAAACAGCUUGGGCCUAAAGAGGUUAAGUCAUCUUGACCAUCAUCUUUUUAGUUGGAGUCCCAUGCAGCGCUUGCAAUUGGUUGCAUGCACGAUGCGCACCCUGAACUCCAUUGUAAAAAUAUGUUUCUACAUCUGUUGUGUUCUAUUUUAUUUUAUGCUUAAAUCUUACACAUUGGUUAAUUUUGUAGUUAUGUGACCUUGAUUUUUUUUUAAUUAUCAUUAAAUCUACAUUGAAAACACAA